AUGUACUCCGCCUGCCCCUCCGCGCGCUCCUCGCGCUCCGGCGGCUCGCUCGCCGCCGAGGACGGCUCCGCGGGCCCGCCGCCGCGCCGCCGCAGCGCCUCCUGCCGCAACCUGCGCGACUUCAGCUUCGACGACGCCGGCCGCGCCAAGCGCUCGCACGCGCGCAGCGCGCUCGCCUCGCUCGACUCCUACCACGCCACGCGCCGCGUCGACUCGCCCGUCACGCGCUACGACGACGCGCGCCUGCUCGCCUUCGCCUUCGGCCGCGGCUCGCUCGACUCGCAGCGCGAGCUCAUCGGCCGCGCCUACUCGUCCUCGUUCCCCGGCGCCGGCGGCGAGCCGCGGCCCGAGCAGCCCGCCUUCCCGCGCGCCGGCUCGCAGGACGACGUCUCGCACGACAGCUACGAGGUCAUCGAGCGCUCCGACGACGAGUCCGAGCACCGCCGCUACGCGCGCGUGCGGCCGCGCUCCGACGCGCUGCGCACGCGCUCGUGCUCGCUGGACUCGGGCAACGACCUGCCGUCCGACGACGACCGCUCGCUGUCGCACCUGUCCGAGUGCGACGACCGCGAGCCCGAGCUGGACGCCGGCGUGGGUAAGUACCGGAGCGACGACGACCUGCCGCUCGACCCGUUCCUCAUCGACGACCCGCGCGUGUUGCCGCGCGAGAAGCUCUCGGUCCGCUCCGACGGCAGCUUCUACAAGGAGAUCAAGCGAGCGCUCGGCUCGCGGACGUCCAGCCAGGAGUCGAGGAGCGAAAUUUACGAUUCGAAGUUAUCGAAGAGCAGCGCGGAAUCCAGCAAGAAAUCUCGCGACAGCGUUUACCAUACGGACAGUAAGAAAUCUCGCGAAACGCUCAAAAGUAAGAGCUCCGACCGCUCCGGCUCGAGGACGUCGAGUCAAGACUCGAAAUCGGAUUACUACGAUUGUAAAAAGAAUUUAUACGAACCCGACGAGAUAGGGCUGCGUCGGCGUAGCAUUACGAGUGUCCAGAACGCGUACAUCGAUCCGUUCGAGCCGAUAUCGCCGUCUUCUAGUCCCGAUUCUGCUAAAGAUUUCUAUGACACGCAGUCUACGUUCAUAGGCAUGGAGAAACCCGAGUACGGUGAAAAUGUUAGGACCUUAUUUGAUAAGUCGCACGAGGAUUUGAUAGCUAAUCUCAUUAACUCGCCUAAUUACUAUCACAUACCUACUCCGUACUCGACGUUUCCCAGCAACACCAAGCACAAGGAACCGAGUCCGAUGCAUUCUGCUAGUUUGCAAAAUGUGGAAUUGGACUCGUACGCUCACUAUUCAGACAUAAGUCCUCCUAAGAAAGUAGAUGAAAUAUCUACUGAGGAGGAGGAAAUGCAUCCACAAACUACACACAUAUGGCCCGAGAAAAUAGCUGGCCUCGAUACAGAAAUCGAAAGUAGUAGAGCGGCAAAAAUGCAUAGCUAUCAAAGACGUCGCUCUUCUGACACUGUGUUCAGUUUCGACAAAGAAAAGAUAGAAUCUCUCACACGUUCGACGAGCAAAGAGAAUGCUCCAAAUUCUCACCUCUACACGAAAAACAAAGUAAAUAAAGCCGCCUUACAGUCCGGUACUCCACCGAUACUGCAGUCAGAGUUUGAUAAAAAUAUGCGAGGGAAAGUCCACACUCACAUGGUGCGGAAAGAAAGCUUGAAAGAGGAAUUGAUGGCAAAAACACACUUUGAUGAAUAUAAUCCGAAGCUUAUUCUGGAUACUAGCUCCAGUAGCCGUUUGGCGGACACCGCUGUUCCAUACACCCACCCUACUGUGGAAAGGACUAAAAGUGAUCCGAAUAGUCUUGCCAAUCGGCCGCGCUUCAGUAGUGUCAAUUCACGUAGACACGUCUUGAUGCAUCAAAAGUCAAUCGAUUUAACUCCAGCAGAAUCAAGUGACGAAGACUACAUAUUCCGUCAGAUUCCUAGCGCUCCACCGAUCGCAACUAAACGGUCUCACUUUGAGUUGCCUUCAAGGCUCCCAGAUCAUGUGCGUCCACCUUUCGAUUUACCAAAGAAUUACUUUAAAGAAUUCGACGCGUUCAAAGCUGGAUUCAAAGAUAACAAAAAGGUUGUCGAUGACGGUUAUGACAUACCAUACGUGUUGCAUAAAAGGCACGUUAUGAAUGGAACGGCCCCGUCUCCAAACGACGACAAGCACGAUCAUCCGAAGUCACCACGGUCUCCAAAGUCACCGAAGUCGCCUAAAUCUCCAAAAUCACCAAAGUCGCCCAAAUCCCCGAAAUCGCCAAAGUCGCCCAAAUCGCCGAAAUCACCAAGAAACAGUAUUCAAGUUGAACAUAGUUCCAAAUUCUUGGAAGUUGAGAGUCGUGACUUCCUGUUCACGCAAAAUAUAGACUUGUCUAAGGUGGAUCCGAUUACAUUAGAAGUCGAUAAGAGUGGACAGAUGCAACACAUGCCGAGUCCUAAGCGGGAUAUCACUAAAAAUCUUGAUCCGGUUUUGCUUGAAACUCUGAAUUCUAAACUCAGCCAGAUAGAAAGCGACUCGGCUACGAGCUCCAAAACUGACAGCAUCAGACAGGAACCUCAGUAUCCACAUGAUAUUAAGUUCACUAUUAACGGUCGUAACGUGCAACAACCGCCAAUAGGUAAAGAACAAAAGUCAAUGACAGCUGCGGAAAAACUUCGCGCUGAUAUCAAAUUAAAAUCUGAAAAACUGCCUCCAAAGAGAGGUCCAAAAGGUCGAGGUACUGGGAAAAAGGGGACCGGUGGUAAAAUAAAAACGAAGAAUAGUAAUAAGAUUCGAAUUACGUCUUUUUCAUCUGACGAUGAGAGUGUGGAUUCAGAUGAUGUUUUCGGUACAACUGAAGCUGCUCCAAAAUUGGAGUUUUCACCCCCGCAAUCUCGAAAAGAGUUAGAACCUAUACUUCAGCAUGAGUAUGAUAAAAUUACAUCGGGAGCAUGGCAUCGUGGUCAAACUAUGAGUUCGACUGAGAUAGAAGGGUCACCGCCUCAGUGUCGUAAAUUAGUAGAACUUGAAGCUAAAUAUAAUCCUCAGAUACUUGACAGUGUCAGUGGGAAUGCGACCGAGUUGCGACGUAUAUCUGAACGUUCAAUUUCAAUUCCGAGCUCCGAAGAUGAUGUUGCAAUUAAAAAUGUUCCAGAAAUUAAACAAGUCAGUAAAGAGAGUUCUACAUGGGAGUAUAACGAUAACAUCCCCUCUCCAAUAUUAGAGAGUACUGAAUUUCUCAAAUCAGAUGAUGAACAUUUAGCUGACAUGGAAAUUCAGAAAGUUACUGGGAUACGUACACAAUCGGAAGAGAAGAGCGAAGCUUCAAAAGAUGACAAGAAAGAUAAGCUUGAUAUCAAAAAGAGUUUACGCGAUGAAUUGAUUUCGCCGAUGCUACGUAAACCUGGCGGAACACCUAUUCUUUUCGCACAUGCUCGGUUGAACUUAUCAGAGGGCUCAGUAUUUUCUUUGCAAAGACAAAAAGCAACUCAGAAUUCUCCAACAGCUAGUCGCAGAGCUAAAAGCUUGGACACGCCUGUCAUUCAAUUACACAGGCUCCCGCCUAUGAACGCGUUUUCUUCUAAAGAUGAUACCGUUGAAGAUAUAAACGAAGAAGGUGAAAUACUGGAAGAAAAACCUCUGAUCGACGACAAAAACAAAAUUCCAACUGUGAAAAAAGAUACAAUUGAAAAGAUUGAAGAAGUUGAAGAAGAGUCUCAGCAAGCAGAGCAAGCUGAAGAAAUGAAAUCUGUUGUUAUAGAUCAGGAAGAGUUGCAACUGUUAGAAGAUUUAGUAGCUCAGCGACGGCCGAGGUCUUUCAAACGUAGAUAUGAUCUCACUAAAUUGGCAUCUCAAGCCAAGUCACCGUCUCGAUCGCCAAUGAGUAAAUCGCCUUUAUCGAGAUCACCGAUAUCUAAAUCGCCUUCAAGAUCUCCAACGUCUUCUUUGAACUCACCUAGAGGAAGUAUUAGGAAAUUAUCAGACCUUAGUGAAGAUCAGAUAGUGCCCGAUAUUGAGAGAAUUAAGCGUAAAGAAAAGAAGAAACUUACUCUCAAGCCUAAACCAGAUGAGAAAUCUAAAGGCACAAGCAAAUUAAAUAAGGGAGGUUCACUAGAUACUAAUGCCACGAAAGUUAAAGCUUUACAAACGCAAAAAUCUUUGCCUUCAUCACUCAAAGAACGACCUGACUUUUUGACUGUGCCUCCUCUUGAUAUUGCGCGUGCCAAGAGUCAAGAGCUGGAACAAAUCUCAAAGAAAGUUUCCAGAGAGAAAUCGAAGUCGUUAGAAAAAAUGGACAUAAAACGAGGAGGUAGCAAAGAAAGAACUAAAUCUCAAGAAGACAGUGACACUGAAAUUGCCAAACGAAAGGAGAAGCAGCAAAUGCUCUUUGAAGCGGCUUUAAAACAGACGAAAACACUUAUAAGUCCAGUUAAAGAUACUAUGCCGCCAUUCCCACCACCAGAAGACAAAAUUCUGGUCAAGACCGAAGGGGACAAAAUAAUAAUUGAAACAAAAAUUAAUAGCAAGGCUGAAGACCACGUUUUUAUUGCAAAAUCACCUAAAAAGCUCGACAAUAAAUUAACUGGCAAGAUCAGCAGAAGCUUUGAAGAUCAAAAGACAUCUAAAACUAAUAACAAAAUAAAUAAGAGUAUGGAUGAUAAAACAAGCCAAUCUCUAGAAGAUAAGUUUGAUGAUCUAGCUGCCUUGCAAAAAUCACCGAAAACUUUAUCUAAAAAGCAAGAAAUAAAGCAACAAAUUGAGGGUAAAGUUGUUUAUCAGAAAAUGUCCCCGAGUGCCAAGUCUAAGAGCUUAGACAGAAAGGCUGAAAUACAUCUCGAUUCAAAAACAAAGUCGAAAAGUUUGGAUAGAAAUUAUGUUACGCCUACAUCGGCUUUGGUAGAAGGUUCAGACAAGCAUUUCAAACAGGAAACUGUUAAAGUUGAUGUUCAUCCUGUAGUACAAGAAGAAGUUGAAAAAGAAAAGGCAAUCGAGCAAGAAACUAAAGAUGUUUCUCCGUCUCAUAGCUACAAAGAAAGAACAGAAGAUGAUUCGUCUAUGGAAUGGAUGACUAAUUCGCAAAAUACUGUUAUUGAAAAUGAUACACAGACCGUUAUUAUAGAACGCCGUAAAAUGGAUAUUUACAAUAAGCAGAGAGAAUUGCAGGAAAGUAGAAGUAAUCAGGAUGUUCAUGAACUGGUCAAGUCAGAAAGAAAACCAGAAGUCGCUCGUUUGACCAGUGAAGAGGAAUCGUUGACUGAGGUAAGCGAACUCAAAAUGUCUGACGAAAGCAAUAUGUUAGGUAUAUCUUUACCUUAUAUCGACGCUGAUAGUUCGUCUGAUCAAGAUCAGGGAUCGAAAAAGGAUAAGAAAACUAAGUUAUCGCGCGGCCGCAGUGACGACACUGGGUCCUGGGUAGAUUAUGAGGAGUAUACUGCUGAAACUGAUUUGGCUUUGUCUGACACUAGUAACAAAACCGGCAAAGGCCGAAAAGCUCUUGAUACCCAAGGCACGUUUGAUGAAUCUUCCGCAAGCUUAGUGGAGUUCUUGAAACAAGAAUCGAUGUCACAAGUGUUUUCUGAAAGUGAAACCGACCGUGAAGGUAAAGUAUACAGAGAUCCGUCAAAAACUACAGACCUGACUCUCAAAUGGAAAAAUAAAAAUAAAAUUAUUGUCACUCCGCCGCAAGAAAACAGCCCUACUAUUGAGAAUAUACCGUUUAUAGAUUCGAGCACUUCAAAAUCAACUAAUAAAUCUGAAUCUGGUGAACAUACUGGUAGUUCUGGUAGCGAUAAGUCUCCCACUGAGCAAAAACCGGAUCAGAAAGCUCUACUUACAGCUAAAUUAAGGCGCAAUGAGUUAUUAAAACUAAGCGCUGAACGCUCAAGAAGCUCGGAGUCUACUUCUUGGACCAGUAUUGAGAAAGACGUGAGUCCUUCCAGCGCCAAUAUUAAAGGAAGCUCCAUUGAUGAUGAAUCCAGUGUGAGCUGUUCUAUUGCUAGACCGUUGGGGAUAUCACAAGAUAUAGAAAAAUUAAAUAAGAAAGACAGGGAAUGCUUGGAAGAAUUGAAGCAAGCCAUGGAAUACGGCGAAGAACACUUAUUGUCGCAACAUACGUUAUCCAGUGAUCAUUCCAAAUCAAAUUCAAAAUCACCAUCACCAAUACCAGAACUUACACGUAUUGAAAGUCCUCGAAGCCCAUCUAAAUAUGGCGCAAGAAAGUCGCCGACUCCUACCUUGGAAAAACAAGGGCAGGUUGAUUCACAAAAGGCACCAACUGAUUCAGAUUCUAGUUCUGAGAGCAUCGAUAAAACUGUCGAACGAUUAUCUCGACCGAGAAAAAGUGGAUUGGAUAAAAUAGGAAAGUGUGUAAUUGAGGAAUCUGAGUCAAGUCAGUCGGCUGCUUCUAAAACAUCGGACUUGAAAAAAGAGUUGCAAAAGACAGUAAAGAAAACUAAAAUUGCCAUCACAAUAUCACAAGAAGAUCAAAACACGACUAUCGACUUUGAUGAUGAUGGCAAUGUCAUAACUUCGUCAUUUGAACGCGAAUUGAUGAAGAAAAGAUCCCUUAAAGAUACUGAUCAAAAAAGUUCAUCCAAAUCCAGUAUGGAUACGACAACAACGACAACUCCAUCGAAAGGAUCGCUUAGCGUUGAUGACUCGUCUUCAAGAAGAAGACGACUUGACGAUCAAAAAAGUUCUUCUAAAUCUAGUAUGGAUUCAAGGGGCUCUCUCAGCGUGGAAUCACGAGGAUCGUUUGAAACUACAGAAUCUACAUCUGGUUCACUGGGCGAGGCUUAUCGUCGUGGUGAAGAAUUGAAACCAACAUGGCGGCCAUUCUUUGGUGCUUCGGGAAGUGAGAAUAGUACAAGUAUAGAAGAAGCAUGGAUACCGCAAGACCACGAAGGUUAUGAAAGCAUGGCUCUAAACAAAGAAGUAUUCGAUCAGAGGUUACUUGAUGACUUCCAAACAUUUUCGAAAAAUCCGCCUCUAUCGUCCAAUACUUCUAAAGAUUCUACAGAAGCUGAUUUUACUGACGAUCUUAAUGAUUUUCCAGUGAAUUUCUUGUAUCCUGCUACUUCUUCUACAUCAUCUGAUGUAGUUAUUGGGUAUGGCCAAAACUUUGGUCGCACGUUAUCCAGAAUUUCUGAGCGUAGUACUGCGUCUGAAAAAACUAGUGCGGAUGAAGAUUCGACGAAAGCUUGCUCUCGGUCUGAAAGUAUAAACGAGGAAUCGCUGAAUUCUAGCGACCAUCAAGCUAGUUUGAGUUCUGAUCCUCCAAGCAAUGCUAAUGUUGCGUAUAUCUCGGAUACUGAUAGAAGAACAUCAGCAGAAAUGCCUGACAUUCCAAUAGAUCAAACGAAAAUAAGUGAGAUGUACGCUGAAACCAAGAAAGACGUAAAUAAAGACUCUUUGGAGCCCAAAAAAGAGUCAAAAACUUCUCAUAAACCGCCAACUAAGCAGUCAUCUGCAAGUGAGAGUCAAGAUUCAGAAGAUUGGCCUCUCCCUGAGUUGCCUCCACAGGUUGCUAUCAAGCACGGUAGUGAUGGCAGGCGUGACUCCGGCAGUGAGCAUUGGCCACCUCUGCCGCCGAACUUAUUGGAUACACCUAUUAUUGAAAAAGUACAUAUUUAUUACAUGAGUAAUGAACCAGAGCAGGCUACCAAGGUCAUAUUACAGUCUGAAAGCUCCAAGGGUCAUAUAGGAUCUGAUGAUGAUAGUGAUACUUUGAAUAACGAUGAUGAUUUAGAAAAAGAUAUUCCGGAAUCAAAAUCUGAAAAGUCAACCGAACACAGUGAUUUAUCUUCACCGAAAAAUAUUAAAGUCAUACCUUACGACCAGUCCAGUUACAUGGUGGAACCUUUAGACAAGCAUGAUGAAUCGGCGUGUCAUAAAGGGGUAGUGCCAAAUUAUGAUAAGUCUUGCUUGAGUGGAACCAUCAGCAAAGCAACUUGUCUUAUGGGAGAUAUGGGGGCUUGUUGCACGCGUUCCGAGCAUAAAUCGUUCGCCAUAAAGAGUAACUUGGAAGAUAAAGUUAUCAUAAAUCAACCACAAAAGUCUCCCACAAAUCAUAGUCCUAUUUUCGAAGACGAUCAUUUAUAUGCUGAUGACGUUUUCGGAGGCGACAGUAAGUCGCUAUCGCCCGAUUUUGAUAAAGGCUUCUCACAACUUGGUACUCAAAAGUACUCAUACGGCUCAAAUAAUUCUGAUACAUCUAUUGAUGAUUUGCUAUCACAAUCGCAAACGAAUGCCGACGACACAGUACGGGCCGUGACUAAACUUAGUACUGGUAGCGCUGGCACCUGUAAAAGAUGUAGUCAUAGUAGUCAUUCGGAGGAAGAAACCAGUUCGUUUGGUACUGAUUUAGAUGGGACUGUAAAAAUAGGUUUGCCUCCAAAGAAAUGCACUCAUAGCUCCCAUUCAGAAGAUACUUCUAUAUGUCUAAGCAUAUCAGAGUGGUCCACUGGAACUAACACUGUUCGCCAAUACGCGAAUCUUUCAGCUUCAGAGAGUAUUUCAGCUGUAUCCGUUCCUAAAAGUGAGAAAUCUGAAAAUGUUUCUGGUAAAGUGUACACAUCUUCUCGUGCGAGCAAAAAAUCUGAACAAAAGCCGAAAAUCAGUUCUCAAGGUGAAAUGAGUUCCAAAAGCAGCAGUUUAGAUAAAAGCUCUGAAAACAUAAAGUAUGAUAAAUUGUGUAGCUCGGAAACAACUAUAUCAAGAAAAGGGAUAGACAGUAGUUCAGGGACCAAGAGUGACAGCACUCUAACACUGGCUCAAUCCAUAUCAGAUUGGUCAGCUAGCACCAGUCAUACACUUGUCGCGACAGCUCGUGAAGAUCAGCAUGAAAAUGAUAACACUAAAUCUGACCAUACUAUUAUAUCUGAAGUCGUACCAAAUAUUGAGGAACCAGUCGACGAAGAAAUCCCAGUAAUUAAAGAGCCAUCGCCUACGAAAGAAAUGUUUGAAACGAAGGAACCAGUUCUUAGACUUACUGCUUCAUACACUGGUAAGACUGAAAAAUCUUCUUCAAUUAGUUACAGUGAUAAGUCUGAUAAAUCAAGUUCAAGCUCACUGAGUAGUUUACAGAAACAUACAAACGGUGUGCUUCGCUUUGACCAAAGGCUCAAGGGUUUCCAAACAGGCCAAAAUGGAGAUCGUUAUCAGAAAGCACCACCGAAAAGUAUGAGCUACGAAGAACAGGGCCACAGAUAUAUGAAACCAACAGUACGUUGUCAAAGUGAGGAUAGUGGUUUCAAACCUUACGUAGUAGCUCCUCAACCUGAGCUCGACAUCGACAUGCCAUCUCAACUUUACAGCCAGGAAGAAAAGCACAGUGAGCGGUAUCAAAGUCAGGAAUUUUCGAAUAUAAUACGAGAAGAUGGCAAUCACUUCAUGAGGUCCGACUAUAAGCCCUUAGCCAAACAUGCUAGCUAUGACGAUAAAACUUUAUCGAAAAACCAAAUAAAGGAAUAUAAGACCUCGGCACAAUAUCGCAGUAAGCCGAAGAGUUGGUCUUUCCAUGAACAUUACCUAGCAUCGUCUGAGUUGCCAAUGAUAUCAGUACCAGAGUUGCCUUCUAUUCACAGGGAAGUACAAGAGAAAAAGUCUGGCGAAAGAUCUGGAAAGACACCUCUUUCCCGCUGUUCGCCUUAUUAUUCUAGUAGCUUAAGCUCUGAGUCACCUCCAAUACAGCCUCUGAAAACACCAGUCAAGAAAUCGCUUUUGGUCAGAAAUAUUUCCCUAAAAAGCCCUCCGAGUGGCAACGAUACUGAUAGCUCUUUAGAUGUCAUAAGAGAUCCCAGAGAAAGAAUGAGAACGUUCCGACGCAAGAAGCAGGUUACGAGUGCCAGGAAGAGACAGGAGAAAAUACAAGAUGUGUUGGAGGAAGAUUCGACUAAAAGUCAAUGUUCUUCGGAAAGUGACAAAUUCCACGGUGGACAGUAUUUGGCUGUCGAAGAUACGCUACGGCGUAUGGAGAGUUCCGAGUGUUCUGAUAGCUAUGUGCCAGAAGUGGAAUCUGGUUCCUCAGAAGUUUCAAAAGAUUCCAAGAACUAUGAUGUACAAGAAUGUGUUAGUUAUUCUGAAGAUGAGGGCCAAGCCGAAUACGCAAAAUACAAAAGUGCCAACUAUGAGGCUCAACAGUUUCCUAUCAGUAUAACGCCAGUUCAGUUCCAAGGUUUCGGUUCUUCGGCUGAUGAGGAUGAAAUGGGUUUCCCGCGAUUUGACAGAUUGGGUCGCCUGCGUCAUCCUUACCUCGAUUCCCAGGAACCGCCUUACGUACCGGAGGAUAGCCCGCCCAGAGUUUCUUAUUCGAAUAAAAGCAGCCGUCAGUCAUCCCUGAAGAGGACCAAGUCUACCGGCUACCGUCAACCUGAAGAGUUGGGCGAACCUUCGGGUCAGCAUCAACCCCGUGUUUACUACGAUGAACAAAGCGACCGGGACGAUUCUGACGAUUACGCUUACCCGAUCGAUACGAUAAAAAGAGCUCCGAAAAUGUCUAAAUCUGGCAGCUAUCUCUUCGAGCGUGGAGAGUCUGUAGCGUAUUCUGACUCGGAGUUGCCGCACGACAAAGACGAGUACGAGGAGUACCGCGGCAGCCCGUACCCGGAGCACUACGAGGAGGUGGACAUGUUCCAGACGCAGGAGUGCUACCCGCAGUACGAGCACGAGCUGGAGCGCCGCGAGGGCGACGAGGAGCACUACACCCGAGACCUGGACCAACGUUUCAGUUUGAACAAUGUUGAGAGGUUUUACUCUAGCCACUACGUAGACUCGCAAGCUUCCAGCGAUAGCCCGGAGCAGAAGUUCGACGUGUCAACGCUGCCGCCGCCGCUCUGCUCCGACGACGAGCACGAAUAAACGCACUGAAGCAAUCUUAGCUUGAUCGAUUAGUUUGUCGAUGUCACCCUCGUCUUGGAUGAUCGUAUGUGUGCAAGCGUCCCACUUAUGCGUUUCGAUUUUGAAUUCUAACUAACGCGUUUAAUUGUUACAUUGAUAUUAUUAGGGUACCCAUUAAAUAUUUACAUUGUCAUUUUGAAUAUUUAGAUGAAAAUUAAUAAAAAAAAUAUUUAGUGCCAAUCCCGAUAGAGCAACCCUUUGACUAAUCGUGUAUAAUGCGAACUUAUACCUACCUACUUUUAGCUUAUUAAGUAUUUAGGUGUAGUUAUGUGUACUGAUUGAAAUAUCUUAAUAUUAGCAUCUUA